AUGUGUGUCUCUGACCAAUCUGAAUAUAUAGCGGUCAUUGAGAACCAUCCAGUUGGGGAAGGUUUGGGAUCGAUUCAGAAAGAAGAAAUGGAUGUAAACCAUUCUCAUUCUGUGGAAAACGUCACAUGUUUAAUAGAUGUCCUUGUUUCUGCUCCAAGCAAGAUACAGGACGCUUCCAUUAUAGAAUUAGAAGGUUCUCAUGUGCAUGACGGGAACAAAAAUGGCGAUUCUCAAGACCAUGAUGCUUUCCAUGAUGGCAACGGAAGUUGUCAAGACCAUGAUCAGGUGCAUGAUGGCAACAAAAAUGGAGGUUCUGAAGACCAUGGUAAGGUGCAUGAUGGCAAAAAUAGAGGUUCUCAAGACCAUGAUAGAUUGCAUCAUGGCAACAAAGCUACAGGUUUUCAAGACCAUGAUAAGGUGCAUGAUGUCAACGUAAAUGGAGCUUCUCAAGACCAUGAUAAGGUACAGGAUGGCAACGAAAUUGGAGGCUCUCAAGACCAUGAUAAGGUGCUUGAUGGCUACGAAAAUGGAGUUUCUCAAGACCAUGAUAAGGUGCUUGAUGGCUACGAAAAUGGAGCUUCUCAAGGCCAUGAUGAGGUGCAGGAUGGCAACGAAAAUGGUGGCUUUCAGGACCAUGAUAAGGUGCAAGAUGGCAACAGAAAUGGAGCUUCUGAACACCACGGCAUGGUGCAGGAAGCGGCUCCAAUUCCCUCGUGCCAAGAAAAUCCUGAUGUACAAAUGGAUCAAGACUCCGAUAUGGUAGACAACAGGACAGUCUCAUGUGAUGAUGAUGUUCAAAUGUCCGAUGGACCAACGCCUGAUGAUGGUCUGAUGCCCGAGUCGCUAGAGCAACCCGCUGCAAAAAGGCUGCGGCUUACACCUCCAGUUUAAGGGGAUAAAUGUGUCACAAGAAGCCUUGUUGAAGAUUGAAAGUCGUGAGGCCACCAAUGCUCUUUUUGCAAGUAUUUUGAUAGUUAUUUGACUUGAAUGGUCUGUCCAUAUGAGGUAUGUGGGAUGCAUUUAGAGAAGAACAGUUGGGUAAUGGGAUGCCUU